CCCUACGAAACGGCAGACUGGAAGGAAGGUCUGCAGGUCACGCUAUCAAAAGCCUCGCCAAGGUUUAUGACGCCAAAAUUCGAAUUAGAUACUGACCAAUAUCAACCGACUUCUUUAGUGACAAUGACGACCUCUAUGCUCCUGGUAGACGAACCUCCACCCUACGACCCCGCAAACCACGACGACACAAGCAGCGACUUGAUCCAGCCCGUCAUGCUGCAGCUUAACGACCAGUUCAUCUACCCUUCCUCUACAACAGCAUUCCCUCUGUAUGAACUCUCCCGCGAUGUUAGCCAAACCGCCAUCACAGACAUCGAGUCUAAUCUAUCAUUCCGCCGCCUCGUGCACCAUGUGCGCACAAACACCAACGGCACCCCGCGCGUCGUGCAGCGCGACAGGCUUAUAUUUGACCUGAAAUAUUUACCCCCAGCAAUGUCAAAUUUCCCCUAUUGCCUUGCUGCGAAGUCGCGGGGAUGUGUGGGCAAUCUGGCGUUGAAGGAGAUGCAUAUCCCUCAUUCGGGGUUUAGAGUCGUGAGGACACGGGCCGUGAAAGAUAAUGGGUUUCCGAAGGGGUAUAGGGGGCGGAAGAACGCCGUGGUGGAGGUGGGUGUGGUGCUUUUGGUGAAGAGAUUGGGGCAAAGGUACCAGUGGUUGGAUGUGGGUAGGAAUGCCAUUGCGGUGGAGAGUGAAAGUGAGGGGCAGCGCAAGUUGGAUAUAACUGUGCCUGUUGCGAGGCAGACGAUGGAUGAACUGGUGGCAAGUUGGUGUUUGAGGUUGUGGCGUGAUAGUAUGGAGAAUAAGAAUGAGAUUCAGGGGUGGAAAUCAUUUAAGAGAACUGCACAGAGCAGGCCACAGGUGCUUCCCCGGUAUUGGUGAUCGAGGUGUGGGAGAUACACUAGUUGAGUGUAUCGCAUCAUAUAUUAGGCAUGCUGAAACUAAGAGAUUCAGCCCUGAUGAAUAUCAACAUGCUACCGGCCUUGAUCGGUUCAAUUAUCCAAAACUUCCUCCGCUGGGCCACCCCAUUAGUCAUGCAGCGUUUCGAAAAGAUAUUAGAUGAUGAAGUCCACAAAGCCCUGUUCAGAACAUUCUCAUCUAUCCGCAUCCUCGUGAGAAUAAUAAUGGGUUCGUGCCGAAAACAGAAGAAUAAACGACAAACUCCUUUAUUCAGUUAAGAAUGUAGACAAUAAAAGGAUAAAGACAUUCCUUGGUAUAUUAAGGAAUAUAGAACAAAGCAAAGUUACGAAUGUAGCCCGAAUAAAGGACCAAG